AUGCUGAAGAAAAAUCUGUACACUCAUCUCAGAGUCGUACACAAGAAACUUGCGGAGGAAGUGCUGGAAAUCCGCGAAGAGAUUGCCAGGGAAACCGGGGCAGCUAAGGACUCGCACUAUACUGUGAAAGAACUCGCCCCGAGGACGGUGCUGGAGGACGACAUCAGAAUUCAGAGAGCUGAAGUCGUGGAGAGUACGAGGUCUGUUGCUGCCACUAUUGCUUUGCGACGAGAUUUAAAUGAGUUUGUGAAGAAACAUGCACGACGUUUUCUAAACAGCAUAAAGAAACUUCGGUUUCUUCGACUAAGUAAAGAUUUCUGUGAGUUGCGGUCGAUAUAA